AUGUCGGCGACGUCGAGCGGCGCAGCGAGCCCGCUCUUCGGCGCGUCCCUGUCGUCCUCGCUCCGCCCGCCGUUCGACCGCACCCCGUCGUCGGCGUCGGCCUUCAGCGACACGCCCGUCGCGACCAACUCGGCCCUCAACAAGGUCGCGUCGGCCUCGUCGUCCAUCUACCAGCGCUGCAACGCCGUUCGACAGCGCCUCCUCCGCGUGCCCGACUUUCGCGAGCGCUUCUUCGACUCGACCGACGGCGGAGCAGCAGGCGGCGUCGGCCCGCAGACGGACCCGGUCUCGCAGGUCCUGUCGGUCCUGCGCCUCGGCGCGAGCCUGUGCUACCUGUUCAACCAGCUCGGCCACGCCCACCAGCUCGACGUCAACCCGCAGGCGACCCUGAGCAACCUCAAGGCGUGCCAGAGGGGCGCGGCCCACUUCAUCAUGGCGUGCAAGCAGGACUUGCGCUGGCCCGAGGGUGACCUGUUUGCCGUCAACGAGCUGUACGGCCAGGACACGAACGGCGGCGCCCUCCUUCCUCCUCCCGACCUGCCCGAUCCCGUUCCUCAAGCCGGCCCGUCUGACGAGCGCUCACUCGUCGUGCGCGAGAUCCUCGACUCGGAGCGCAAGUACAUGCAGGACCUCGAGGUGCUCCAGCAGGACUACCAGCGCCAGCUCCAGCUGCACGACGUCCUCACGCAGGACCAGAUCCACAGCCUGUUCAUCAACCUCAACAAGCUCGCCGACUUUCAGCGCCGGUUCCUCAUCGGCGUCGAGGGCAACGCGAGUUUGGCGCCCGAGCAGCAGCGCUUUGGCAACCUGUUCCUGCAGAUGGAGGAGAACUUUGCUUGCUACGAGCCGUACUGCGCCAACCUGACCAACGCGCAAGACCUCGCCAUCGCCGAGAACGCGGCCUUGUCUCGACUGUCGCACGUGCUCGAUCCGGUGUCAGAGCUCGCGCCGUUGCUCAUCAAGCCCGUCCAGCGCAUCUGCAAGUACCCGCUGCUCAUCUCGAACACGCCCAACUCGUACCCGUACUACGACGAGCUCAAGGCCGGACUCGAGUCGAUCAUGCGCGUCACCGACAAGGUCAACGAGGAGAAGCGGCGCAAGGACAACGCCCAGGCCGUCGACGAGCUGCACCUGCGCGUCGAGGACUGGAAGGGCCACGACAUCAACUCGUUCGGCCAGCUCCUGCUCCAGGAGACGUUCGUCGUCAUCAAGAGCGACAACGAGCGCGAGUACAACGUGUACCUGUUUGAGCGCAUCAUCCUGUGCUGCAAGGAGGUCGGCACGCCGAGCAAGAAGGACAAGAAGAGCAACUCGAUCCUCAAGCGGCCCCCGAGCCAGCGCGUCAACAAGCUCCAGCUCAAAGGCCGCAUCUUUGUCAACAACAUCACGGGCGCGUCGCAGAUCCACCACCGCAGCGGCCAGUACCUCCUCGAGGUCCGGUGGCGAGGCGACGUCGCCGAGGAGGCGUUCACGAUCAAGUGCCGCACCGAGGAGCUCCUGCGCCAAUGGCAGAAGGCGAUCAACAAGGCGGUCGAGGAGGCGCCGAGUCGGCGUCGUGCGCACCACCUGUCGUCGAGUCGGCGGUCUGAGCGCGGCAUGUACUCGCCGGCGUCGCAGUUCCCGCCGACGCCGAUGAGCGAGUACGGGCCGACCGUCGGCGGCGCCGGCGGUACUACAACCUCGGCCAGCCAUCGUACCCGCCCGGGCACGCCACGCCGGGCACGCCGCACUUUGGGUUCGACGACGACGCCGACGAGCAGCGCCACGAGGCGAACGAGUCGGGCCGCUCGACGCCCGCCACCGGUCGACCCGCCUCCUCCCGGGCAGCAGCAGCACCACCACCACCCGCCGCAGCGCGGCAUGAGCCAUGGCGCGUCGUCCCCCGUCGUCGUCACUUCGAGCUCCGCCGGCGGGCACGCUCCGGCGACAGCGGUGCGGGUCAAGGUCUUUUUCGGCGACGACGCGUUCGUCGUCGUCGUGCUCGACUCGGUCCCGUACCCGGACCUCGUCGACAAGGUGCUCAAGAAGAUCCGCAUGUGCGGCGGCGACCGGGCCCGGGUCGAGAGCCACGCGCUCCGGCUGCGGUACCGCGACGAGGACGGCGACCGCAUCCUCAUCACGAGCGAGGAGGACGUCGCCAUGGCGUUCGAGACGGCGCGGGUCAUGUGCGCCGACAAGGGCCCGGGCGCACAGCUCGAGCUCGUCCUCGACGCCGCCGUCGACCAGCAGUAGCCGGCGCGCUCAAGCUCCUGCAGCACC